CGCAGCGUAAACAAAAUAAAAUGGCUGCCUCCAUGAAGCGAUUACUCCGGGUCUGUGGGAAACCUCGCUUGUUUGCACAUGUUCUUCGCAAGCAGCUAGCUGCAUCACAAAGGGCAUACUCAGUGAAAUAUGUGCCCGAUAUUCCACCACCAGAAUUAGGUGAAACAAACCGUUCUAAUCUGGUACAGUCGCUGAACAAUGCCAUGGAUAUAGCUAUGUCAAAAGACCCAACAUCUGUGUUGUUUGGGGAAGAUGUGGCCUUUGGUGGUGUGUUUAGGUGUAGUGUCAACCUCAGAGAUAACUAUGGUCCUGAUCGUGUGUUCAACACCCCCCUUAGUGAGCAGGGAAUCGUGGCGUUUGGUAUCGGUCUGGCCACAGCAGGAUCUACAGCCAUAGCAGAAAUCCAGUUUGCUGACUACAUUUUCCCAGCUUUUGAUCAGAUAGCUAACGAAGCAGCCAAGUUUCGGUACCGUACAGGUAACCUGUUUGAUUGUGGUAAGCUGACCAUCAGGACGCCGUGUGGAGCAGUAGGACAUGGGGCACUCUACCACUCACAGAGUCCGGAGGCCUUCUUUGCUCACCUGCCAGGACUGAAGGUUGUCGUUCCACGAGGCCCCCAGCAGGCCAAGGGUCUCCUUCUCAGUUGUAUACGUGAUGACAACCCGUGUAUAUUUAUGGAGCCUAAGAUCCUGUACCGUGGAGCUGUUGAGGAGGUACCAGUCAAAGACUACGAGAUACCCUUGUCUAAGGCAGAAGUUGUCGUAGAAGGAAGUGAUAUCACACUGGUUGGUUGGGGAACCCAGCUUCAUGUACUUCGUGAGGUGGCACAGCUGGCUCAAGAGGAACUGGACGUGUCCUGUGAACUCAUUGACCUCAGGACCAUUCUACCAUGGGAUGAGGACACCAUUAUCAAUUCUGUGUGUAAGACUGGGAAGUUGUUGAUAGCCCAUGAGGCCCCACUCACCAUGGGUUUUGCUGCAGAGAUAGCUGCAACUGUACAGAACGAGUGUUUCUUAAACUUGGAGGCCCCUGUACAGAGGAUUUGUGGUUACGACACACCAUUCCCACAUGUGUAUGAGGCCUUCUACCUGCCAGACAAGUGGCGAUGUCUGGAGGCUGUGAAAAAGCUCGUGAACUAUUGACGAGUGGUCAAAACAGAACUAAGGUCAGCCUAUUUCCUUCAUCAACUCAGAACUGUUAUAUUGCGAUUACAGGAAAUAAGGCCUCAUGGAACAAGACAUUGAAGUUCAAGCUCAUAUGAUGUGAUCAUGUGAUUUAUGUGAUCAUGUGAUUUGUGAUGGGAUGAUCAUGUGAUGUGUGAUGUGAUCAUGUGAUGUGCAGAUUAACUUAGACAGAAUCUCAUUUGCCAUAUUUCACAUGUGUGAAGUGGUUCACUUUUUAUACUGGUGUAUGUCACAGUACUGUUGUAUGUUUACUAUCAGGUACAGAUAAACCUCGAGAGACAAUCACUUUUAACAAUAAGAAAAAGUC